GGGGCGCAUGCGCUAACACCAGUGCACCAUCAUGAUUGGCAGCCUGCUGUUUUACGCUCUCUACCCUCUGUCGCGGUACCUGACCGCCCGUGGACGCUCAGAGGCCUUAAAGAAAGUUCUCCCUCCUGCAGUGGUUAAUGGCACUGCAGUGUGGGAUGGUGGUUCUGUCACAACCGGGAGGUUCACCCAGUCUCAGACAACCCUGCUGGACCAGUGGCUCAGCCCAAGCAGUGCGACGAAGGGAGAAACGAAAGAAAGGAUGAAAGAGCAGAGCUCAGAAAAAGAAGAUGAUGCGGAAAUCCAACCAGAAAAAGAACAGCCGGUGGCCGUCAAGCGUGAAGAAACUGAGGCUGUAAAGACAAGUGAGAGCCAACAAGACAAAAUGAAAGUUCCCAAGCCAGAGGAGAACCAUGAGGAGUUGUUUAGGAAGCCAAACACAGACGAUGCCACUAUUUCUCCAGCUGAGGAGAUCAGCCCAGUGCAAGGUCUUGGUGAAAAGUUAAAGUGCCUGCAAACAGAUGACGGAACAGUGGAAAGUGCCUGCCUUAUGCAGGAUCAAAUCCAGAUACACGCCAUUAAGGAGUCCGUUAUCCCAUCUACACACAUCAUGCAAGAAACCACCUGUCCAGCACAGAGUCUUCCAAGCAUGGACGAAUCAACUGCCAAUCAAAUGACAGAGUGCUGGGAUGAAUACUGCAUCGCUCCCACUGCUGAAGAAAUGCGUGCAGGAACAUGUAGUUCUAAUUUGGUAUUUGCCUCUCCGCUGUUUAACUCUCAAACCCACCUUAAAUUCAGCGAACGUCACAAUGAGCCAACUGGCUGGCACUUCCCUGUAGGACCCGGCUUGGCAGAAGUUGUUGAGUGUCCACUGUGGCAAUUUCCUGCUGGGAGCUAUUACCCUCCAAUAGAGACAACAGUGCCAUUUGAAGUAAUGUGGAGAGUAUGGCAGGAGAUGGAUGAGAGUGAGCCGGCAGCAGAGCCCACCCUGAUCCCCUUCCCAUGCACAAAGGCCUUGGUGGACUUCACUGUCAUGUCCUACAACAUCCUCGCUCAGGAUUUACUGGAGGCCCACGAGGAGCUGUACGUACACUGUCCUCUAGAGGUGCUGGACUGGAGCUACCGCUGCAGCCUAGUCCUGGAGGAAAUCAUGAAAUGGGCCCCAGAUAUACUGUGUCUCCAAGAAGUUCAGGAAAACCACUACCAUGAACAGCUACAUCCAAGCCUGUGUGAGAUGGGCUACACUUGUGUGUACAAGCGGCGUACAGGAACCAAGACCGACGGCUGUGCUAUUUGCUAUCGAAGCAGUUGCUUCUCUGAGGUAUCGGUGACCUCUCUGGAGUUCUACAGGCCGGACACAGAACUGCUCAACCGGCACAAUGUGGGCAUUGUUUUGCUGCUUCGGCUAUUGGUCACCCACGGGUCUGAGACCAAGGCGAAGGGCCCACUCCACUGCGUGGCCAACACCCACCUGCUCUUCAACCCGAAGAGAGGUGACUUGAAGCUGGCUCAGUUGGCAAUAGUGCUGGCAGAGAUCGACAGGGUGGUGAAGUCCUGUAAGGCCAAAGGUGAACAGUGUAACGUUGUAUUGUGUGGAGACUUCAACUCAGUGCCACAGAUGCCUCUUUACCAACUCAUCACUACCGGCGAGCUCUACUACCAGGGUCUACCCGCAUGGAUGAUUUCAGGUCAAGAGGACCUGUCCUACAAAACUCAUUGUUACAGAUUGUUUGCUCCCCUUUGGCCAAGCUGUCUGGGAAUCACCGACAACUGCCAGUACACAACCGUCAACGACCUGUUUGAGAGCGGGAGGCCGAAAUCAGGGAAAUGUCGUCACGACUUCAUGCUACAGCUGCGUUAUUGCCCAGCUGCAUGCGUCCGUCCUGUGGACCUGGCGCUGAUCCCAGGCGUGACUGACAACACACCAGAUGCUUCAAGGGAAAAUCAGUCGUACGAGAGAAGUUUCAGACACACCCUCAGGCAUCGGUUAGACCUGGAGUCGGUCUAUAAACACAUUCUCCCAGGCUCUGGUGCAUCAGAAGUCACAAGCCUGCACUCUGAGAUGGGAGCCACUGUCGACUACAUAUUCUUCUCCCCAAGACGCAUCUCCUCUGACCAGAGAGCUGGAGGCGACUGUGUGAGUUCAGGUCUGAAGUUGAUAAGCAGCCUCUCUCUCCUAUCAGAGGACGUCUUGUGGUCCAUGAAGGGACUCCCCAAUCACAUGUUCCCCUCUGACCAUCUGUGCCUUUUGGCAAAAUUCCAGCUGGAACUCAAUGCUGCAUGAUGGGAAAAGACUCGGGGUGAACGCAGAGGGACAGAGGCUCAUGUCCCGAGUGUGUCUCUCCAGCUCCUUCCGCAGCUCGUCCUUGGUCAGCUUGUCUACAUCGAGUAUGGAGUGUUUCCACUCUAUCUGCGCCACGCUGUGGGGGUUGUGGGACACGUACUGGCCGAUCUUGACCUUGUGGAGCGUGUGCCAGUAGCCCUUGUAGGCUCCGUCGAAGUCCUGCACUAAGUCCAUCAGUGUGCGGUACUUCAGGGGCUUGAACAUGAGGUCCUCCCUGCGGCUCGUGCCCAGCGCACCAAAACGUCCCCUACUGUGAAGUCCCAGCACAAUGUGGCGGAAGUGGUUCCCUGAGAACUGAGACUUAAAGCUGAGGGGGAAGCGCUCCACACCCGGCAUGUUGUUGGUGAGGUAACUGAAAGUGAGUCAAGGACAUAGUAGGAUACAUGAAUAAAAGCAUAACAUGCUGUCAAAACUCCAAUAGGCCGUUAUAAUUACAAAAAGAUGAUCACACAACAGUGUCUUAUUCAGAUUAUUGUCUUAAUGCAAUUAAUAUCAACAUUUUGGUGUCCAUGGAAACACAGUUAGCGUCUAAAUUGGCAAAAAAUAAUGUUUAAAGCUGAUUCAGCUCCUUUUGUCAAACCUUUUAGCAUACUGCUAGUUAAUACUGCUGUGUUAUUCCCCUAGAUCAGGUUCAGGUGAAUAGAAUUGAUUAGACAUUAUAUAACUUAAGUUCUAAGCCUUCAGCCUCGACAGUCACUUUAAAUUGUACACACACAUCUGAAACGUCACAAUAUGAUCCGUUGUUGUAAGGAUACAUCCCCAGAAUCACUGCCUCCAGACAUUUGAUUGGCAGAGCCUCGCGGGUCAUCUCCUUAGCGAUGUCCAUCAACCUGUACAGAAAAGUUUAAACAAAAGAAUAAUAAGACCCCAGUGCACUGGUGAUUGCCGUUCAAUUGAUUUGGACACAGUAUUAUUGAUUUAACGCAGCCAAACCAAAAAAAAAAUUCCAUGAGCCAGGGAAGAUAAAAUCUGUGCAACUUAAUCGAAAAAAGUGAGGCCAGGGGAAAGCUCCAGGCCCCGGCUGAUUGACGCUAGUUCCUGCUCACAAAGCCCAGGAGUAAACCUGAGAUGUAGCUGAGCCCCGUGCACCGGCCAGCAGCAUCAAGGGCGAAACCAGGAGAAAAUCAACAAGCAACGUGACUCACGCGGUAAGAGAGCGGCUCUUCUUGAUCUCGAAAAACUGUGUUCCUGUGUGAUUGUACCUGAAGGACACGGUUAAGGUUAUAUUACUACAGAGCAUUGUGAAGCUGCCUUGGAUAAGAGAGACAUCUGCUGCGUUCAGCGAGGGGAGGAGAAAGAAACUAGAAGUGCUUUGUGAUAUUCAUAGGUUGUUGGUUAAUUAUGGAUGAACACUCUGACUGAAAAUCAAGCUUUUGCUUAAUAUAGAAUAUUGUAUCAACAGUGGCCUACUUUCUGAUGUGUGGCCCAUAUCUAUCACAAUGUGCUAAAACAGAUGGUCAAGGGAAGUAAUAAAUGGUAGUGAUUAUCAGUGUGAGAAAUGGCUUUUCAACUCUAAAUAACAUAUUAUAAAAAACAUAAUACACAGUUUGGUUCCAAAGGAUACUGUAAAUCCCUGAUGUAUUUCUGUAUGGCUUCCAGGUGCUGUGGGACAGUGGUGGUAGGUUGGUAUGUAGGCACACUCGGUACUGGAAUCUGUGGGACAGAGGACACAAACAACUGCAGACAUGAUACAAUCCCAAUAUUCACGGCAGCCAGAGAAUGUCGUCUUGUUUGACCGCUCCUCGGGAUAAUCAAUCUGCUCGUAGCACCACUCUCAUGAGAAAUGACUGAAAGGGAUCAUUCUUCUGUCUUAAACAUAGCGUGUGUAUUCACAGCGCAUUGGACGGACUGGGCAAAACAUGGAAACGGUAGGAAAACCAUAACAAAAAAGAUAGAUAAGUCAUUUACAGUGGAUUAUUUAUAGUGUGUUUAGAGACACAUGGUUCUUUGUAUUACUGUGAGUCAUGUGGAACUGUAUGGUCACACUGCAACUCAACAUUUCCCUUUAGCAUAUGGCUGUAAAUUGUUUCCCCACUAACUUCUGUAUGGUCGGUGUAAGGAGCAGAGUUUCAACUGUCAAAUCAACAGCGGCUUCACAUGCUCCAACACUUUACCUUGGGCAGGUCGGUGGCACCCCGGAUCUCCCUCCCCAGAGCCUCGCUACUGGGGUGGAUCCGAACCACAUGGCGCCACAUCCUCUCCCAGGUCUCCUCGUCCACCGGGAGCCCUCCCCUGUUCACGUAGAAGGGCACCCCGCCAUCCCUCAGCUCUUCGUCGCCCUCCUCCUCCUGCUCCUCGUCCCUCUCCUCCACCGAGCCCACCGUGGCCUUCAGCAUCUCUCCUCCACACAGGUCCUGGCACACAGCUGUCCUGGACUGGACCCUUCUCUUCACUGGGUGUUAAUCUGCCUGCAGGUUUAAGUAGGUCCCAACAACAGAUGGCCGACUCAUGACAUCCAGCAGCUCUGUGGCCCCACUGUCUCACACAGGCAAUGCAGUGAAGGGGAAGGUGAUCAGAGCUCACCUCUUAGGCUGAGGCAGGUAAAUGUGAAACAAGGAUUUUAAGUAGAUUGGUCCUUUUGGGAUCACAGGCUGUCUUUGCAAUACCUGUGAAGCACUUUGGUCCAAUAUGUUAAAAAGACUAAAGAUCCUCUUGUGAUCAGCUAUUGAUAUAAAUGAAUAGAUAAAGACAUUACGCUUGUUACAGGGAGGAAAGGGUGAAUGGUCCUCUUCAUGUCCGACGGCGUGACGCUAUCAGUCUCUAAGAGGAUCGACUCGGCAGACAACAAAGUCCUGGAUAUCUCUAAUCCCCUGGAUCCGUUAGAGGUCAUCCACAGCGCACAUCCCUCAAAUCACUGCCCGGCACAACCCGCAGCACGACAGCCCCCUGUCCGUCCAGCUCAUACCCCGGUGCACCGCGGUGUUUCCCUCCUGGUCAGCCGCUCCAUUGUUCAUUAGCUGCUCCUCUUCUCGGCUCCAGCGGCUGCGCCUCGGAUCCACGGCUGAGACACUCCCAGAGCCGCGUGCACUGCGCAUGCGCCGUGCUCACAGGAUUUGCUCACGCGAAACUGAUGCUGCAUUCAGGCGCUGCUCUGCUCCAGCGCCACAUCACAGACUGGAGCUUCACAUCCAUAAAUGUGAAGUGCUAAGAAAAUAAACCUCCUGUUCGUGUUUGGAAAAAGAGAAGCAGAAUCCUAUACCAGCUCAUAGUAGUCCUGCGAUAAUAGAAAAGCACUAAAUGUAUUAUAUUAUAUCAUAUAUUUCGUUAUUUUAUCUGUUUACUUUAUCACUCUCUAUUUGUUAAUGUGAGCCAUUAUUAUAUUUAUCUUUUUUUAUAUUUGUAUAUGAGAAUUAUUUCGAAAUAUGAGCCUGUCAAUCACUACAUGGUGAAAUCAAAGUGACAAAGCACUGUAAACUGUUUUUAAGUUUUUUCUGGGUCUGUCCCAAGACUUUAGUUUUCAAAGACUUUAUGUUGUAAACGUAUUUAUCCUUUUGUACAUUAUCUAUACAAAAGUUGUGUUCAAGAUGUUGAAAAAUAUAUAAAUCAGAUUUAUAAAUCUAAUGACAACAAAGCUAUCAACCCCACAUGUCAUUUUUUAAUAUCUCUAUGUAAUGUAACAAACCCAAUCUUCUAAUGUCUUGUAUUCAUUCUAAUAAAGAAUCGAGUGGAAAAAAGUGCUGGCCUAGAGGUUUCACACUUAGAACCACUUAUAUCUUUACCUUCACAUUCCCAAAAAAAUGUUUCAUUGUCACCCACAGCAAUAACCAAUUUUCUACUAAUCCAGAUGUGUUGGAUGAAAAAAGUCAUUUUAUUUCAAAUAUUUAAAAAAUGUAAACUACAGGUAAGAAAAAUGUUAAUUUACAUGAAAAUGUAUUGUAUGUAAUAUCAGGUAAAAUGGCCAUGCGCCCAGUUUAUGUCACAUACAAAUCAACUAAUAAUCAGUUCAACUAGUUUUACAAUUUCCUCUGCGCAUUGUUCAACAUACACUCAAGAAAUAAAUUUCCGAUGUUGCAUUAGUGAACUUAAUCUUUGGAGAAGACGGAAGCUUUAAAGAUCUGCACAACAGUAGUGACCUAAGGUUCCUUGAG